AUAUAUAUAUAUAUAUAUAUAUAUAUAUAUAUAUAUAUAUAUAUAUAUAUGUAUGUCAUAAUAUCCCCGGCAGUACUUGGAUUAGGUGUGUUUUUAAGAAAGAGGAAAAGGGCUGCAUUGAAAAGAAAAGGGCUGCCUUGGAGAAGUGGAAAGAAUGGCAGCUUGCUUCAUUUUGAGCAUCGCAUUCGGUUUAACAUUUUUUACGCAGGUGUCGGGAUCGGGGGUAUUCGAGUUGAAGGUUCACGAGUUUCUGAAUACAAAUCGUUUGCUGGCUAAUGGGAAUUCGUGCAAGCCCGACUGCAGGACUUUCUUUCGGGUUUGUCUGAAGCAAUAUCAGUCGGUUGUAUUACCAGGUGACUGUAUCUUCGGCAGCGUUGUUACCCCGGUGCUGGGAAGCAAUUCAUUCCAGGUCAUCGAUGCAGACAGUUCAAGCAGCCCUAUUAGAAUGUCCUUCGACUUCAGAUGGCCGGGGUCGUUUUCUUUAAUCAUUGAAUCCUGGUAUGCUGCCUUUGAUGACCUACCUGUAGACACAACCAACCCUGACUUAUUGAUUAGCUUUUUUGCGAUCCAAAGAAAUUUGGCUGUAGGGGAGGAGUGGUCUCACGAUGAGCAGACUGGCAAGCAGACGGAGCUAAGGUAUUCUUACCGGGUCAUCUGCAAUGAAAAUUACUACGGCGAAAGUUGUUCCAAAAAAUGCACGCCCAGGAACGACCUUUUUGGCCACUACAUCUGCGACACUGAUGGGCAAUUAUCCUGUCUCCCCGGCUGGAAGGGAGAAUACUGCGAAGAACCUGUCUGUCUUGAGGGAUGCAGCAAAAUCAAUGGAAACUGUUCCAGCCCGGGAGAAUGUGUGUGUCGGGCAGGCUGGCAGGGCCAGUUCUGUGAUGAGUGUGUCCGUCAUCCAGGCUGUAAGCAUGGCACAUGUCAGUCAUCCUGGCAGUGUACCUGUGAUGAAGGCUGGGGAGGACUGUUCUGUGACCAGGAUCUUAACUACUGUACUCAUCACAGGCCAUGCUUGAAUGGUGCUACUUGUAUGAACACUGGCCAGGGCAGCUACACCUGCACCUGCAGACCGGGCUACACAGGUGUGAACUGUGAACUGGAGUUGAGCGAGUGUGACAGUAACCCUUGCAGGAACGGAGGGAGCUGCACGGAUCUUGAAAAUGGUUACAAAUGUACUUGCCCUCAAGGGUUUGAGGGGUCUCAUUGUGAACACAGCUCCUUAACCUGUGCCGACUCUCCUUGUUUUAACCACGGUAUCUGCUCUGAGAAAGACCACGGGAGAAGCUAUAUUUGCAAUUGCCCUCGUGGCUUCACUGGUUUAAACUGUGAGAAGAAAGAGGACAAGUGCACCAGCAACCCCUGUGCAAACGGUGGACAAUGUGUUGACCUUGGCCACAGUAGGAAUUGUCGUUGCCGCCCUGGGUUCACCGGCCAGCGGUGUGAGAUUAACAUCAACGAGUGUGCGAGUAAACCCUGCAGCAACGGAGGCACUUGCAUUGACCACAUCAAUGAUUACACAUGCAGGUGUUCUCCUGGCUACGGUGGCAGAAACUGUGAGAUCAAGACGAGAGACGAAUGUGCUUCCGACGCAUGUAGCAAUGGGGGGACCUGUCUGAGUAGCACCUAUGGCAGCAGCUUUUAUUGCAAGUGUCCCAUCGGCUUCACAGGUACCCGCUGUGAAUUCUACCCUGUAUCUAUGCCCAACUCAAGAGAUCAGACCUUUCCCUGGGUGGCGAUUUCAUUGGCUGUGGGUCUGGUUGCCUUGCUAAUGUUGCUCUGCAUCAUUGUGGUUGUCCUGAGGCACAUACGGAGACAGAGAGACUUGGAGGAACAGGACUCGGAGACCAUGAACAACUUGUCGGAUUUCCAGAAAGACAACUUGAUCCCAGCGUCGCAGUUGAAAAACACCAACAAAAAAGUGGACUUGGAAGUGGACUGUGCUGUCGAAAAAUCGAACUAUAAACACAAAAACUACCACUUGGACUACAAUUUAGUUAAAGACUUCAAAGACGAUGUGUCACAAGAGGAUAAAUGUCAUAAUUGUGACAAAUUGUGUCCGGAAGAAAAGUUACUGUUAAGAAUGCACGGUGAAAAGCCAGAGUGUAGGAUAUCAACGAUAUGCUCCCCAAGAGAUUCCAUGUACCAGUCUGUGUUUGUAAUAGCAGAGGAGAGGAACGAGUGUGUCAUAGCAACUGAGGUUUAAAUCUAAAAAAACAGCAAUACACCUCAAAUGAAAAGGAGGAAAUAUCUUCUGCACUGUUUACAAAAAAGACACACUGAGACUGAGAAUUAUUUAAAUGCAAAUCGCUGCUCUUAAAAACUAUUGAGAACUGGAUAGAGCUAAGGACUGAUUGCUCCAGAAAUGCAAUAUUACUUUUAAUAAGUGUUAGAAUGUAUCUGCAACAUAGGGCUGAGGCAAAUCAUGGACAUUUUGUAUUGGGUCUGUAUUCCCUAAUGUACAAAAAAAACCUCUAGAUUUGUGUAAAAAUAUAAGCAGGAGAAAAGGAUCCCUGUGAACUAUCCCACCUUGUAGCGAUAAUCAUAAAGAGACAGCCAAGGAAAACAAUGGAAGCUGGAAGCUUUGUGCUAUGCAAGAUAUAGGCAAAGGGUCGGGUUGGAAAUAAAGAGAAACCCUCACAAGACAUGGAAAUUUAAAAUAUUUCAGAAGAAUGCCAGCCACUGAUGACGUCAUACCCGUGAAUUGUCAUAAUUUGAAACUCACUGAAGGUUGUACGCAGUCCAAAUCCCUAAGCCUUAAAAUUGUUUCAAGAGACUUCAUGAUUUGUUUUUCAUCUUUUCUUGGAUCCUUUGCACUAUUGAUGUUUGUAAAUCAAAAUUAAUAUAUAUAUAUAUAUAUAUAAUAUAUAUAUAUAUAUAUAUAUAUAUAUAUAUAUACACAUACACAUU